UGUACGUAUAACUGCUUUAGAAACUUCCUGGCGUGUUGAAGUAUAUUUCUGCUAAAGCUAUUCCUGGAGAGAAUAAUUUUGUUGCUGGUACCGGUUGCGACAUGUUCAAUAACAAAGAAAAAAUAUUUUGUGAUGGAAAUGUGGACUAUGCAGGGCAAGCAGUUGGCCUUAUCAUUGCAAGUAAGUAAAUUUCAGUACCGAAAUGAACUUAAUUUAUGCAUCGCAUAAAACAGGUUAAGAUUUUUAUAAUUUGUGUACUCAAAUUACUUUGCCAAAUUUUCUUUGUUGACCCGUACAGACAAACAAGAUUUGUUCUUCGAUCGCCAAUAUGUUCUAUAAGUGUACUUGUUCAAAAGCUAGCAUACUAGCUGAUUACUGUAGUUCUGUGUGGAAUAAUUGCCGAAAAGAUUUACGGGAUGAACUUCAAAACUUAUGCAGAAUCGAGCAGCUCGAAUAAUUACUGGGAGCAACUAUGAAAUACGCUCUUCCCAAAUUUUGAAUAACUUAAAUUGGCCGACACUGGAAGGUAGGCGACUAUGAAACAAAAAUCUUGUGCAAUGUUCAAAAAUCCUGUCAAAGUAUUCCAUAAGUUAUGUCCACCUGAUCUUUCACGGUCAUUUAAUCGAGCGACUUUAAUUCACAGUCACGGUAUACGAGGUCAUGACUACAACUUUGUUAUCCCUAAAUCAAACACAAUUUUUUUAAAAAAUAAUCUUGAAUAUAAUGAGCAGUGGUAUGGAAUUCAAUACCAAUUGAAAUUAGGAAUUCCACUUCACUAAAAAAUUUCAAAAAUAAACUGUAGUGUAGAAAUAAUUUAAACUGUCUGUACCAGUGUUGGUAGUACCAAUGUGAAAAUGCUGUGCUGAGUGGUUAUAUUACUACCUUAAAAAAUAAGCAGAAACUCGACGUUUCGCGCGGAGGCCCUUUAAUUUCUCCUUUUCCUUGUAAAUAUUUUAAAUAAUCCAAACGUCACGGCGCCUGGAAAGACAGACCUCCGUGCUUAAAUAAAGUUCACUAGCUAUCAGUACUAUGUGCUCUGGCAAAUUGAGCAAAAUAAACAAAUCUUUAUUGUGACAUACUAGUUCUCUUUCUCUUACCAUCUUGCACACUGUCUUUGCUUAAUCGUUUUGCAUAUAAAAGCAAAAUAUAUACUGUAUGGGACAGCUUAAAUUUAAACAAUUCUAAACAACUUUUCACAAAUAAUUAUGGGCUUUAAAGCCACAGGCAAAACAAGGCAAAUUCGUGCAUCGCAUAAUUUGUUGAUGUUUAGAUGCACCAAAAAACGCCUCAAAACCCUGUCAAAUUACUAAUAAAACCUGCAAUAUUGUUUAGUGGUGAGCAGAUUUGCCAACAAGUAUCCAAAUUGAUAGGGGAUUCGAGGUACCUAUGAAUAUGACCGUCCUUAUCCUAGAAAACGCCAUAGUCCAACUAUGGGCUAAUGGCAGCGUAUAUGUAGCACUUUCUCCUCAAUUAUUUUAAGACCUAGAGUAGAGGUCCGACGAAGGACUGGACCCGGGUCUCCCAGCUUGCAAGGCAAGCAUGAUAACCACGACACCACAAGAGCUUGUAGAUGUACUUGUUAAACUUACAUUGGUUGUCUGUUAGUCUUCACAGUAUCCAGAAAUUUUCUAAUUUUUUGUUAAUUUGAAACAUUUCAAGAUUUAAUGAAAGUUCAGCUUGUUGCUUGUUGCUACGCAACGCCAUUUAGGGGAGUAUCGUUGGGGUGUCUUUGUAAACAAAGACACCAUUUCCCGUUUAAUAAAAAUGUUUUAGAAUUUCAAAAUGUAUAUAAUAAUGUGGAAAUUGAAAUUCGUGUCGUGCACUUUUGGUCUGAAGUCAAUAUUGUGAUUACUCUCGCUUCGCGGUCGUGCGAUUUUGUAAUCACGCGUUUGAAUUCAGACAAAUUACACUCCACUCACUUAAAUUACCAUUAUGAAUGACGUGUUGAAAAUCUGCUUUUCUUGUGAUUAGCAGAGUAACGUCGACUGAUUUCUAACAGUCUUUGAAUGAUUGCUGAUGACCUAUGUAAACGAAGCUCUAACAAUAUCUUUUCAACCUCGAGGAGCUUCUUCUUUAAACAUGAUUGCAUUUAUGUAAGAUCGAAAUCGAACUACAUCGAAAACCGGCUGUGGUUAUUGUGAGUUUAUAUUCUUUGACUUGUACUGAAUAUUGGUGUCUGGUAUAUAGACCCAUUGAACUUAUCACACCUAUUGACCAUGCAAUGGAAAAGAUGUAUUGUCAUAAUGAAAGAAAAUGUAAUUCAUUAUUCCGAGUCAAGCUCCAUUCAAGUUUUCCUCUUGAUGUCAUGCUAGAGUUGCUCCACUUUCUUCAAUGUGCGAAUGACAUGCCGACUGUCAUGUCGUGUAGACGUGCUUUCGAAGGCUCCGUUAUUAUUGAAGAUCAUUUUAGUUUUCCUCAAAGUAUUUUUUAUUUUACAAUCUUUGUCACAUGACUGGUUUAACCCACAGAGCUAGUUGCUCCUUUACGGGUAACCUGCUAAUGCAAUACUGAAAUAUAGGUUAACACAGUGGAUCUAUCGCUUCAAAAUCGCUAAUCACUGAGACGUUUGAUUUAAUGUGGUCCUGAGUAAUUCUAAUCAUGUGGAUCGAAAAAAGGAAUUUAAUUUAAAUUUCACAUGCUCACUAACAAAGUGAUAUUUCCACUGGGUUAACAGCAACUAAUCACAACACAGUUUGACAGAAAGACUGGACUGAAGGGACGACACAAAUGACACUUUGCACACACUGUUUUAAACGUUUGUGGAACAUCAAUGUCGUAGACCUCCUCAACACGUUUUUGGUAAUAUUUAAAUAGGCCGCAUUUAAAUUGACUGAUUGAGAGAUUUGACUGCCGUAAGUGUGAUGGUAAACAGUUUAAAGUCCUGAGUGAUCUGCAGUAAUAACUGUUCUGAAAUGUUAAAGUGUUUACUCUAGGAACUUGUAAUAUAAUUUUUGCUGUUCCAUCAUUUUCUCUCGUCAACCGAUCUGUUGUCUUUACAUGGAUAUUAUCGUCAUUAGAUUGAACUAACGCUUUGUAAAGGUAGACCAUAUCCAGGAAUUCACGCCAGUAUGUUAAUUUAAUGGUAGUAAACCACUUUUGACAAGUCUAUCUUUGUAUGAUACUCCUGACAAGAAUGGCAGCGAUAAAAUGUAUCUGGCGGCGCGACGUUGGACGUUUUCUACUUGAAGGAUAGGUGAUACCGACUGUGGUGACUAAAUUUGUGUGCAAUAUGCCAUCUGGCUUCGCACCAUUGUCUUGUAAAGCGCAAGGCGUGUUUUCUCGUUGCGAAUGUCCAUUGAUGAUCUUUUAAUGAAGCCGAGCAUUUUGCUUACUUUGGCACAUACCAUGGACACGUGCUAGUGUACUAGAACAAAACAUGCCAAAAACUUCGACACCUUCUAAACUAUCAAAUCUUAUCAAAUUUGACAAGGAAUUAACAUGGAUUGGCUCGCUAGAGAGUCUGAAAUUGUUUGUGCAGUUUGACUUGAAUAUUGUGGGACAAUGGUCGUCUCCUGGUGGAGAAGUAAAGCAAUUCACAAGUGAAAACUAUACUAUGAAAUGGUACGGUAUAAAGAAGCAGAAGCUCAUGAUAAUUCGUGACGAUAAGAAUGAAAGCCGUCGAGAAAAACGUAUUAAAUUUGCCACGUUGAAUAAAGUCAAUAUUCAUGACGGAGAACAAUCCGGCGAAGCCGAAGGGAAUCCAAACAUGGUUGAAGUAAUUGAGAAUUCAUUGUCGGACAAAGGCAAGUUCGAUUUUGAUCAUAUUACAGCAAAUCUAGAUAUUCCAGACAGCUCUAAAAUUGAGACAUUUGUUGAAAGGACUAAAAUUCACAAGUUCUCAAUGUUAUUGCCGUGAUCUCGCGUUACAACUCAAGCGUGUCGAACGCGACAUACAGCAACUCAAAAACCGAGCAGAAACUUGCGAUGGAAAUGAAAAUACUUGGGUAUGUAACACGAACACAUGCCAAAGUGAAAAAACUCUCCUAACUUAGACUGGAUCGAGGGGUUUUAAACAGGGAUAUCGAUCCCACUGAUACUUGCGAAAAGUAUUGGUAAUUUCAAUUCCACUUGAGCCUACCACAUAUUUGGUCGGCAUUCAUAAAAAUCGCAGAAAUAGAGAGUGAUUUUUGUCAAAAUGCAAUAUUUCACAAAAUAUUGUAGAAUAAGAGAGAUACAUUAACUUACACUUGCACCUUGCACCUUGCGGCUCGUGAUUGUAUUUGUAAAAGAACGAAGAUAUGAGUUAUGAAUAAGAUAGACUGACUAUUAAGUUAUCACUUUUAUUAAACUUGAUGACGUUAUCGCUGUUUUAAUGCUGUGACGUGAUCAAUUAAACUGAAGUAUUGGUAUUGUAUCGACCAAAAUGUGUAAUAUUCGCCUGGUAUGGUAUUUAGAAAAACUGGUAUUCCCCAUCUCUCCGGGUUUAUAUAUGGUUCCAUGCUUCGCAACUGUUUUCCGCUUGGUAUUGUAAUAAUAUUUUAUAACAUCAGGACUUUAUUAAAAUCGUUUUUCUGCAACUAGAUGCAACAUGGCAAACGGCCUGUAUUUCUUAAAUAUGUCUAUAUGUCUACAUCCUGCGCGAGAUAUCCCUUAUCCAUCCCUUAAAUAUGUCUACAUCCUGCGCGAGAUUAAUAAUGAUCCGCCUCUAGAAAUGGUCUACGCAUAGAAUUGUCCAAUUUUGUGAAAUAUUUCUCAAAAAUGGAUCAUUAUUUUAAGAAUAACAUAAUCAUCUGUUAUAGACACUCAAAGAUUGGCAGAUGAAGCUGCUGAGAAAGUGAAGAUCACUUACACGGACUGCAUGACUCCAAUUAUUUCCAUUCAAGACGCAAUUGAAGCCUCGUCAUUCUUCUCGGAACAAAUUGUGGAUCAAGUAUUUGGAGAUCCCGAUGGUAAGUGAAAGAUUUUCAUUAUGAUUCAAAGACUAAAGAGCGAGGCAAAAGUUGGUUUUCGCGAGCGAGCGCGGUUUGAACGCGUGCUUUUAGUUUCCCCCAGUUUUUAUAUGUGUGUGGCCGAUCGCUUUAUAUUUGGUGCGUGAGUUUUUAGUCUGUUAGUUUUAUCAUUGUUUUUAUAUUUUCACAGAGGCAAUGGCGUUAUCUGCGCAUGUCAUUAACGGAGAAAUUUCAUUGGGGGCGCAACAUCACAUUCACAUGGAAACACACGUUUGUACUUUACUUAUCUUAAUUAAGUUGCGGGACGUAUGAGACCGUUCGUUAUUUGUACCUUACAUUGGGUGGCAGGUUCUUAUAGUAUGUAGAAAAAAGUUAUGAGACCCAUCUUCCUCCGAAAAUGCUUUUUAUAGUAAAAAUACAUUUUACCAGAAAAUACAAAAGCCACUGCUGAACGUUUGUUUGAACUGAAUUUUGCACAAACCAUUUCCCAUUCACCAGAAAAUGUUUAUUUGCAAAAAAAAGUUGGGCAAUGCAAUAUUUAUUUAAACAUAUAUACAUAUUACUAACGUUUCCCCAAGAGCACUGGAUUCAUCAGGGGGCUUACGUUACAUUUACUAUUACAUUAGACUGGACAGACAUAUAGUUACAUUUACAUUAAUUUUACAAAGUUCAAGACAGAUAUAUAGAAACAAACAAUAUAAAUUAAUUAAUUAAACACCGAAAGAUGAUAGCUAUGACGAAAUUAAAGAAAACGUUUAGAUUCCCUAAUGUAUUGUUGAACAUACUCAAAUAUCACAGUAUUGUCUUUGAGUUCUAAAUUAGAUGAACCAUGCAUAGGCGUCGAAAGAUCGAUAAGUGGAGGGGGGGGGGACCAUAUUCAUAUAUUCGUGUUUUGCAUUAUUAAUUUCUUUUGAAAUCGAUUGUUUUUAAGGUCUGUGAACACGAAUAUAUGAAUAUGGUCCCCCCCCCACUUAUCGAUAUUUCGACGGCUAUGGAACCAUGCAAUAUUCUGUUAUAACCGGAUCGUGACUGGAUGAAGAUUGAAAUUUUACUACCCUAUGCCGAUGGUAGGAAAGUGCUUGUAGAGAAAUCCAUGCUUGUCCUCUCUAGACGGCAUACGUACUAUCGGUAGGACAAAGGCAGAAAUAUAAUUCGUCGCCCUCACAGCCAACACGCCUAUAAUUUGUUAAAACAUUUAUACGUUUAGACAUGCCUUUGCAUCCCUGGCGAGGAAGAGAUGGAGGUCUAUGCUGCAACGCAAAAUAUUAAUGGUACUCAGGUGGCAAUAGCUAAGGUUUUGAAUUUACCAGCGAAAAGGUUGGUUUGUUAAAUUCGGAGUUAUACCGUAGACUCGAGUCGUAGGACGUAGACUCUAGUCGCAAUGUUUGUGAUUUGACUUGAUAAGUAUAGGUAAUCACACGGGAAGGAGUGCAAUUAAUGAUUAACACUACGAGUGAUAUUUGAAAAAUGUGC